UCUCGGCCUUCUUCGAGGCAUCUGCCAGUAGUGUCUUCUGCACGCUGCCAUCAUCCCCUUCCCCCCCACCUUCUCUCUCUCUCUCGCUUCCCCUCUCUCAAUACCCCAAGUAGAACAACCAGGUACGCCGACGAGAGCCGAUCGAGAACUCUCUCCUCUCCCCCAAAGCAACAAGAUCUCUGCUCCCAUUCCUUCUUUCUUUUCCUUUUUCUUCUUUGCCCUUCUUUUUCGAGUCUUUGUCUUCCUUAAUCCAAUGCGGAUCGACCGGUUUCCGAAGCUCGAAUCCGUUUCUGUAUGCGUUUCAGGUUUUCUUGUUUCUUCAGUGGUUGCGUUUUGGUCCGCGCUUUUUCUGUUUCGUUGCCGUUUUGAUCGUUUGUUUUAUAUUGUUUCUGUGGGUCAAGGUUGAUGGCGUGCUUAGGGACACUGUUUCAUUGCUCUCCCGUUUAGCUCUUGGUUGGGUUUUAGUUAUUCGAGUUCUUGUUUGGUUUCCGAGCGGUGCCGUGCGUAUUCUUGGGUAUUGCUAGGGUUUUGAUCUCACAAGCAGCUGUAAUGUUGCCCCAAUCCGUGCACGCUUUGAGAUUUCGAACCCAGACGAUGAUGGUGUCUUUCGUUUUCUCUUGCACGGCGUCUCUUGUAAUCGAUCGAUGAUGACAAAGAUUGUCAUAACGUAGUUCGGUUUUCUUUUUUCCUUUUUUCAAUUGAUGUUUUUAGGUUGAAGUCUCCGUUCCUGAAUACUUCUUUCAAUGUAUUUUUCUGGGAUCCUUCUUUAUUUUCAUAAUUUGCUUGUUUGAUGAAUAUGUGUGUUCUUGGUUUUGGAUCCUUUUAUGUCAGAAAUAAAAGGGAAGCAAUUUGCGUGGUGAUUUUUAGGUUUUGAGGGAAAAUUAUCUCUUCGCAUCAUGUCUCGGCCGGCCCCCCUCCCUCCUCGCUGCCCCUUUCAGAAUAGGGGAGUGACACGCCGAGCAUUGGAAUCUAAACCUCAAACCACACAGACAGAUGAUAAAUUGUGCGCCAAGCACCAUAGGUUUCCUUCCCAUGGUUCCCUUCUAGAUGAGCAGCCUCUAUGGCUCGAUGACCUUUUGACCGACCCAGAGAUUAGUCCUAGAGGGAUCUCUCUGCAGAGAUCCUCGAGUGAUCCAGUAGCACUUCUGGAGGUGGCUACAAGUUUCCAUGGUCCUAUAUCUCCAAUUACUGAAGAAGAUGCUCUGUCCGAUGGUAUCCUCCAUGAAUCACGGGAGUCCGAGGAAGCCAGCGAAAUUGGUUAUGGGUUUGAGGUUGGGAACUGUGUGUAUGGGCCUAACUCGCCAAGGCAAAAGACUAAAAUGGACGACUUAGAGAGCUCGGUAGUGACUGCUUUGCUGAAAGAUGUUCCGAGCAACCCACUGCAGUAUCUAACUGUGGAUUAUCCAAGCACAUCUGUUAUAAAUGAGUUAAAUGAAAAAGAAGAUUCAACUUCAUCAGGCAAUCUUGAUUCCGAGAGUAUAUCAAGAAGAUACUUCUUCAGGCGCUCAGGUCAGCGUUCCAGGGUUCGUAAACUCCAAUAUAUUGCUGAACUUGAGAGAAGUGUUGACAUACUUCAGACACUGGGAGCAGAUUUGGCUGCAAGAGUUGCUUCUCUGUUUCAGUACCGUCUUGCUUUAUCUGUAGAAAACAAGAAACUAAGGCAGCAACUUGCUAGUCUUCAGCAGGAGAAAAUUAUCAAGCAUGGUCAGCAUCAGUCUCUGAAGAAUGAAGCAGAGAGGUUGAGAAUGAUUUAUGGGCGCCACCGGAGAAGCAAAAGUGCCGCCUCGUGCUUUGGUACAAGUCCGUCUGUCGUCGUCGAUCCUUCACCAAUCGAUUGGCAAACGUUGGACUUGGGAAAGCUCAGUCUUGGUGGGAACCAAGUUUCUAUGAAGCAUGGAUUAGGUCACUGAUGAAAGAAGACUGAAGAAUUCCAACACAACACCACACCGUCGUUUGCUUGCUAAAUCAGGUCUUGUAGCAGCAGACCCUUCCUUGCUUGCCAGAGGUAAAAACCUAAGACUUAGUAGUUGUUGCCGCCCAAUCUUUUCCCCUGCAAAUGUGUUUACUGUGUGCAUAAAUUUUGGCCUAAUUACCUGAACUUGUGAGCAAGGGAAACAAAUCGAGACAUGACGUAAUAUUAACUAGUAGCAGUGAUCUUGUUGUUGUA